AGAAUACUCGUUUUCCCAUGUGCAAUAUUUGAUGGCCGCUAUCAUCUCACCAGAACCUCCCAAGACGGCCCCUACACUGGUCAUCAACGGCAAAACCUUCACUGAUGUCAGUGCGGGCAACACCGUUGUUCUUGAAGCAGGCACAGAACACAGUGUGGCGUGUCACGUCGAUGGGAGAUUCCCGGAAAUCUCUGCCUCAGACAUCUCUCUACAGUGUGGGGGUCGGGACGUGACUGAUGGAAAGAUUGUCCCCUCCUUGUUGUCGGUCUGUUUCAACGAGACCAGCUGUAGUUGUCGGGCAGAACAUCUUAGUGGGUGCUACGACUUGACGACGGAAGUCAUAGUGUCUCUAACAGACGGAGGUACAAACGGCCAGAAGCUGGGACAACAAAGCGAUAUUCACGUGACCAUAGCAGUAGCAGUUGGGGCAGUCGUGGCAACGUUUGUCCUGGGUUUUAUUACUGCAGUGGCUGUGUACUGUGUGUUGUCUAGGAAAGGUAAGGAAUUUGUCAGUAAGAGGAAUAUGAGAAGUUUUAUGUUUAAAGUCAUCUCUUUUCUGUAUCCCAUGCCCUGAAACGUUAAAAAAAUAGUUCAGGAUUUCUGUAGUUGAAUAGGACAUCUUAGUCUCCAUACAGAUAGAGAAACUUAUCUGUUGUGUACAAUGCUGUCUAAGCAGGGUUUGAGUCCCAAAUGUACGUGAUUGUCACUUUGGAUGUUUUUGUGUAAAUGCGCUGUCUGUUGCCAUGACAACAAGACUCAAAAUCAUCAACACCAUAUUCAUCCCAACACUCACCUAUCAAUGCCAAACAUGGACUACGAACAGGAAAUUAGAGGAAAG